AAAUACACGGAGCCGCUGCGAUCCGGGCGUGGGAAAAUACACGGAGCCGGUGAGAUCCGGGCGUGGGGAAAUACACGGAGCCGGUGAGAUCCGGGCGUGGGGAAAUACACGGAGCCGGUGCGAUCCGGGCGUGGGGAAAUACACGGAGCCGGUGAGAUCCGGGCGUGGGGAAAUACACGGAGCCGGUGCGAUCCGGGCGUGGGGAAAUACACGGAGCCGGUGAGAUCCGGGCGUGGGGAAAUACACGGAGCCGGUGAGAUCCGGGCGUGGGGAAAUACACGGAGCCGGCCAGAAUAUGCACCAUGGCUGAGAUCCCUGCCUCCCUCUUCCUGCUGUGAGAGAAGUUACAGGUUACUAAUGGGGAAACUGAGGCACAAAGUGGAUGACAACCAGGAUUACUGAGUGUCCUUGGGAGCACGGCAGCUCUGCAGUGAAGUCCACUGAGAUAGUCGAUCAAAGCUGUGGAUUCCUGGGCAGAGGUUGGAGGAGAUCUAGGGGCUUCAAUCCUCAGUUCUUGAGUUGGAUGCCUUAAGCAUGGCGAUGGAGCGUUCUUCAUCAAGUGCGAGAGACUCAACUUUGCAGAACAGGGCAUCUGCUUUCCCGUUUCUCAUUCCCGGGUGAGAGAUUACAACAAAAUGUAAGUGAGAGUCAAAGUGGGAUCCGCUGGUCCCUCUUCUUCAAAUUCAUGUAGCAGUCCCUAGGUAUUCUGAGUUCUUAUGGGUCAUCAGGACUUGGACUAGGAAUUGGGGUCCUUCUAGGAGGUGGCACCACUCCUUGAAAGCCACCUUUUAAGAUAGUAUCUCCUUCCUCAAAUAUGGUAAUUGUUCUCUGUGGUGGUUAGCUUCCAAGAUUAAAAAGCAGAGAGUGGAUUUGGUUGUGGGGGCCUGCACCAAUGGCAAAGUUCGAGGCAUUGUUCUUGACAUAAAUGGGUUAGUGGGAUCUGAGUGAAUCAGGAUAAGUGAUGAGAUGAAUGCACUUUUCAGUCAGUCAAGGGCUGACUGAUUCUCUGUGGACCAGGCAAGAUUGGAUCCCCUUUUUCUCGGUAAAACCAGGCUAGAGAAUCUUUUAAUAAAUUGCCUGUAGAAAUUGGCAAACCUCAGGAAUUGUGGCUCCCUUGUACACCCCAGCCGGAUACUACCAGUCUUAUGUGGGUCCAAGGUGAGUCCCUCAGGUGUGACUGUCUAUUCCAAGAAUUUCACUAUCUCCUUAUUGAACUCGCAUUUCUCAAGCUUUGAGUAGAGGUGGUUGGUCUAGGCGUAGACUCUCCCAAGACUGCAUACACGAUCAGGAGUCGGAGCCCAGGGUCAGAACCUGGUUAUCUGGAGUGGGGCUUGCCUGGGAACAAGCAGGUGCAGGCGCUAUCACAGCUUUGAGCAGCUGCUGCACUGCUGUUGCUGCUGGACAUAAGAGUUGGUCUGCUGAAUCUUCCAAUCACACAGUAUAGCCAAUUAGACAAUUUAUUACACACUAGCUGCACUUGUUAUGUUGCACAGAAACUGGUUCUGCUGUAGGCCCUGCUUUCAGACUCACUGUUUGCAGGCCCUGGUUCCUGACAAUCAUUUAUUUUUUUUAUAGAACAGAACUAUUUACUGAAAAAUGUUGCCUCUUCUGCAUUAUUAUUGAUACUUCUGCCAUUUCCAUUUAGUAAUGUACCAAUUCCAUUGUUAGGAGUUGUUUUAUUCUAGUACAAUUUUAGAAAAUUCUUCUUUAUAUCAUCCUUAACUCUGCUGGCCCUAGAGUUCGUCUUGUGUCCCUUUGCUUCCCUUUUCAGUUUUCUACAAUUCCAGGCCUCUGACUUAUAUUCUAUCCUAUCGACUUCCCUUUUCUUUUAUUUAUUAUAUAUUGUUUCUUUAUUUUGAGGGAGUUGGGAUUCCUUCCAGGGGGCAAUAGCAGGACCCUGCUGGGGGCUCCAUCUACUGUAUCAAUCUCUGAUUAGUAGAUGUGUGAUAGAUGUGAAGCCCGUGGCUCCCUCUGUCCUGUGGGUGGGAUGAGGGGCUCUCUUUCUCACCCUAUCCUGAUGCCUCCUAGCUGCUCUGAAAAGCAUGGGGGUGGGACUCUGCUACCAUGCCACUCGAAGAGCUUCUGUUUCACUGGCCCUACCCUCCCAUAAAUAGUGGGGUUGUCACUGGGCAGCAGGUGCAGAGUGGGGGGCUCUUUCUCUUUCAGGGGCUGGUGACUUUCGAGGAGGUGGCUGUGUAUUUCACCAAGGAAGAGGGGGCUCUGCUGGACCCCGCUCAGAGAGCCCUCUACAGGGACGUCAUGCAAGAGAACUAUGAGAAUGUGACAUUGCUGGGGCUUCCCAUUUCCAAAUCUGAUGUGAUCUCCCGGCUGGAGAAAGGCGAGGAACCCUGGGUCCCAGAUCUCCAGGAAUCAGAGGAACAAGAGAUCCUGAGAGGUGCCUGCCCAGCAGGUGAUGGGAUGGUGAGUGAGAAGGAGGGUCAGAAUCUUCAGCAGAAGGAUGAUGUGAAACUGGAACCACACCGGAUAUUAUUGCUAAGACCCAAAGGGAAUGUGUGCAGAAGUCUUGAGCAAGGAAAAUCGUAUGAGAGUCAGCACAGGCCAGGGAGCCAGCCAGGGGAGAAAGAGGGUAAAUCCAUUAAUUGUCAGGCAACUCACAAAGACCUCAGGGGAACCACAGAACAGGACACAAACCUCACAGAAGAGGGAAAAAACUCAUGCACCGAGUGUGGGAAAAGCUUCCGGGGACGCUCAGGCCUUAGUAAUCAUAAGAGAAUCCACACAGGAGAGAGACCCUACAAAUGCAGCGAGUGCGGGAAAACCUUCACUCAGAGUUCUCACCUCAUUAGACAUGUGAGAAUCCACACGCGGGAGAGACCCUACAAAUGCUGUGAGUGCGGGAAAAGCUUCACUCGGCACUCAGACCUUAUUACACAUCAGAGAAUCCACACUGGGGAGCGGCCCUACGUGUGCUGUGAGUGCGGGAAAAGCUUUGCUCAGCGCUCAGCCCUGACUAAACAUCAGAGGCUCCACACAGGGGAGCGACCCUACGAAUGCAGCGAGUGUGGGAAAAGCUAUACUCGAAGCUCAGACCUCAUUACACAUCAAAGAAUCCACACGGGGGAGAGACCCUAUGAGUGCAGCGAGUGUGGGAGAACCUUUACUUGGCGCUCAGCCCUCACUACGCAUCAGAGCAUCCACACGGGGGAGAGACCCUAUGAAUGCAGCGAGUGUGGGGAAACCUUUGCUCAGCGCUCAGCCCAUAUCAGACAUCAGAAAAUCCAUGCAGGGCGGAGGCCCUAUGAAUGCAGCGAGUGUAGGAAAAGCUUCGCUGAGAGCUCACACCUUAUUACGCAUCAGAGAAUCCAUACAGGAGAGAAGCCCUACGAAUGCUGUGAGUGCGGGAAAAGAUUCAGUCAGAGUUCAUACCUUACUAAACAUCAGCGAAUCCACACGGGCGAGCGACCCUAUGAAUGCGGCGAGUGCGGGAAACGCUUCACUGACCACUCUAGCCUUACUAAACAUCAGCGAAUCCACACUGGGGAGCGUCCCUAUGAAUGCGGCGAGUGCGGGAAAACCUUCACUGAGAGCUCACACCUCAUUACGCAUCAGAGAAUCCACACGGGAGGGCGAGCCUAUGAAUGCACCGAGUGCGGGAAAGGCUUCACAGAGCACUCAACGCUCACUAAACAUCGGAGAAUCCACACGAGAGAGCAAUGCCAUCAGUGCACUGAGUGUGGGAAAACCUUCCCUCAACGCUCACACCUUAUGAAUCAUGGGAGAAUCCACACAGGGGAGAGACCCUAUGAAUGCAGCGAGUGUGGGAAAAGCUUCACUUGGCGAGCAGCCCUUAGACAUCGGAGAACCCACAGCGGGGAGAGACCCUAUGAAUGCAGCGAGUGCGGGAAACGCUUUACCGAGAGCUCACAACUUGUUAGGCAUCAGAAAGUCCACAAAGGAGAUGAUAAACCAUAAAAACUGUAUCUAGGCCUGUAAGUUUCUGCAAAACUCCAUGGUCCUAUGACUCACGGGAAUGUGUCCCUCUCCUGCCAGGAAUGUCAGUCAGCUCAAGGUGUGGGAGAAAAGGGUGAUCUCAACUAGCUAUAUCAGCAUAAAAAUCUACCCAGGCCUCAUCCCCACUAGGAUUUUCCAUGGAGUUAGGUAGCUCGUGUUAGCUAUCCUGAUGUAAAAACACAACCAAUCUUACAAUAACAACAUUGCUCGUGUCUAAUGUCCAGGGUUCUCUAGCACGUUUACAAAAAUAUCCUAGAACUGGAAGGGACCCUGAAGGGUCAUUAAGUCCAGCCCACUGCCUUCACUAGCAGGACCAAGUACUGAUUCUGCCCCAGAUCCCUAAGUGGCCCCCCCAAGGAUUGAGCUCAGAACCCUGAGUAAUGCUCAAACCACUGACCUAUCCCUCCCCCAUGACCUGACCCCCUCUCCAUUUCCUAGUCAAAGCCAAUCUGGAGCAUUACGUUUAUACUCAUCCUCCCACUGUUAGAGCCAUGCAGUUCACCCUUUGGAACAGAUCGUCUCAUUCGCAGUUGCUCACACACUGAAGCUCGGUGUGCCGAAGAUGUUUUGUAUCAUUUUCCACAUUUAAAUAUAACAAGGAGCCGAAGCAGGGUGGGAGAGGUAUGGUUUCAGCCUCUGUGGCACCUGAAGGUGAUGGGCGAUUUGCAGGGAUUCCAUCGUGUUGCAGCUUUACCUUUAUCUUCUUCAUAUUCUGCCCGUCUACUUCCCAAAAUGUCACUUGAAGAGAUGGAGGAGGGAGUGGGGAGGGUUGGCCUGGUGAUGUUGCAUGGGAGUUUCACUAGCUUACUGUCUGGCAUUAAUACUAGAUGGUGGUGGGAGAUCAGCAUGUGACUUUGCUUGAGGGAUGUUACUUGAGCACAUAACCUGAGCCCAGGAGGGAGCUGGGGCCAAGUGACACCUUCUGCCUGGGAAACUGGACAAAGGCUGGAGGAGACGGCUGGAGGGGGUUCUGUUUUGGAGCUGGCUGGGGAAAUGGAGGCAGGUCUGGGCUCCCCACCCCCCCAAGAUGGACCUGACUGAGGGGUCCUGUUUCCUGUACCUACAUGUCCUGCUUGGGACCGUGUUCCUGUCAUCUAAUAAACCUUGUGUCACCAGCUGGUGGAGAGUCACAGUGAAUCGCAAGAAGUGGAGGGUGCAGGGCCCUGACUCGCCCACACUCCAUGACAAUAAGGACUUGUUGGUAAGACAGAAAUUAAACAACACAAUGACCUGCAUCUGCACAAUAACAAAGCUGAAGGAUGAACUGGUAAGAGUCAUUCAGGGAAUCCCAGCAGCAAAGAUGACAAGUUGGAGACCUGCUGUGAGACUUUAUGCAGUGAUAAGUGGUUCUUUGAGUCUGUAAAAUAUUUCACCGAAUCAAGCCUCCUGCAGCCCCUCGGUGGGUGACAUCAGGCAGAGAGGAGCUGGGGUGACUAGGCAGUGGGGUGCCUGUGCCUUUAAGACCCCAGCCCUGGGAAGCUCGUGCUGAGAGGUGCUGUCGGUGGGAGGGGAAAUGAAAAAUCCCCUCUGUACCCCCAUAUUUUUGCAAACACGAGUGUCAGCCCACCAAGGUAACUGUUACCCCCUCUGCCCCAGCCUCUGUCACCAUCUGGCAGCUCCUUCCCCCUGGGCUUAACCCCAUGCUCCAUUUUCCCAUCACCGAUUUUGCACCUCAGCCCCCUCCCAACCCUGCCUCUUGACCCCCACAGGCCUUUUCCGCCCCCUCCUCAGAUCCUGGCCAUCCCCCCUCUGAACCCCUUGUAAAUAGCAGUUUGCAGAAGCUGAUGCCAAGUAAGGGCAGGGUGAAGGGCAGUGGCUUCAGCAGAUGUUACUGAGCAUGCUCAGUGUCCCCCCCCCCCCCCCGCAGCCAAUUCCUACAGGUUGCAGUUUCUCCCACAGGAGGGCAGCGGCUCCAUCACCGUCCAGGCGCGUCCCCUGCCCAGGAGCAGAUCCCCAGGGGCCGCGCAAUGAGCUGCUCCCGGAGCCUUUGGGUGGCGUCUCUGUCCUGCCCGCCCAGCGCUGGCCCUGGGGUCUCUCUGGGCCAGGAGCAGCAGAGCCUGGGGCUGGGUCCAGCUGGAGAAAGUCCCCAUCUCGGACGGGCACAGAAAGAGCUUCAGUGAAAGGCUGUCCCUGGCCCGGCCCUGCUGGGGCCACAGCAGCAACCCGGGAGCUCAGCCCUGGCUCCCAGCGCACACUGGAGGCAGCAGCACCAGCAGAGUCUUGUACCCAGCGAUUCCCUACACCCCCAUAGGGGGGUGUGUCCCCUCCCUGAAUUUCCCCACCCCCCCAGUUUUGUGAACUAGUUACAUGCCCAACCUAGUGGCUGAACUUUGCAACUUUCUCCUCACCCACAAGUAUUUCACAUUUGGGGACAAUACAUACCUGCACGUCAGCGGCACUGCUAUGGGUACCCGCAUAGCCCCACC